AUGGGUGCACAGGCUAGAGAUCUAUCUUAGCAACUGUCUCCUAAACCAAGAAUAUCGUGAAAAAGAAACCCAAAGCCAGCUGAGCCGAUGAAAUAAAAGUGAAGCAUAGAGUUUGACUUGGAAACUGUCUGCUGAGUCGGGAUUCGUCUGGUCCUGGACAGUGCGGUGUGACUUUGAUAAUGAGCAAGUCUCGAAACAACGGAGGUCCCCCUCCUAAGAAAAAGUUGAGAAAUGAGGAGGAGGAGGAUGACGAUCCCUCCAACUUUGAGGCCGAACUUGCCCUGAUGGAAGAGAUAGAAGCUGAAGGCAGGGACUCAGAACCCAUGGAGGAAGAGGGGGAUGGGCCACAGUGCGAAGGUACCACCACCUCCAACCCCAAGUGGGCUCGACCUGCUCUGCCACCCAUCAACUCCUCCACAGACAGCAUCACUUUCCAACAGAUUGACCUGGACUUUUAUGUUGGAACCCACGUGAAAGGAAUGCCUGGUGCAACACAAGGCCCUGUCCCCAUUGUGCGGAUGUGUGGCAUAACAGAAGACGGAAACAGUGUUCUGGCGCACGUUCAUGGCUUCACACCGUACUUCUACGUUCCCGCACAGGCGGGCUUCAAGCAGGAGGAUUGUGGGAAGUUUCUGGAUGCCCUGAACUCUGCCGCCAGGAAAGAUCUACGCUCCAACAGAGAGGGCAUCAUCCAGGCUGUGUUGGCGGUGGAUUGCCUCAUGAGGGAGAGUAUCUACGGUUACCACGGAAACAGGAAAAUUCCAUUUCUGAAGGUAACGGUGGCCUUACCUCGUCUGAUCGCCCCGUGCAAGCGUCUCCUGGAACAAGGGUUUGUGUGCCCGGGCUACCCGCAGCACGCCUACCAGACCUACGAGAGUAACAUCGACUUUGAGAUCAGGUUUAUGGUAGACACCAACGUCGUGGGCUGUAACUGGAUCGAGCUCCCCGCAGGCAAGUACAGCGUGAGAUCCCACAAGUCGUCGAGUCUCGGGGUCGUGUCUCGGUGCCAGCUGGAGGUGGACGUGUCCUGGGAGGACUUCAUCUCGCACCCGGCCGAGGGAGAAUGGAGCAAGGUCGCCCCGUUCAGGAUUCUCAGCUUCGAUAUCGAGUGUGCCGGUCGCAAAGGGGUUUUCCCAGAGGCGCACAAAGAUCCGGUCAUCCAGAUUGCGAACAUGGUGAUCCGACAGGGAGAUUCCGAUCCGUUCAUCCGGAAUGUGUUCACGCUGAAAUCGUGCGCGCCAGUGGUGGGCUCUCAGGUUUUGUCUUUUGAGAAAGAGUCGGAGCUCCUGGAGAAAUGGGCGGCUUUUUUCAGGGAGGUGGACCCAGACAUCAUCACAGGGUACAACAUCCAGAACUUUGACUUUCCCUUCCUCAUCAACAGGUCCAACCAUUUGAAGGUCAAAGACUUCUCCUAUCUGGGUCGCAUCAGGAACACGGUGUCGAUCUUGAAGGACGCCACUUUCCAGAGCAAACAGAUGGGCAAACGAGAGAACAAAGUGCUCAACAUCGAGGGUCGCGUCCAGUUUGACCUUCUACAGAUUUUGCUGCGAGACUACAAGCUCCGGUCGUACACCCUCAAUGCCGUGUCUUUCCACUUCCUCCAAGAGCAGAAGGAGGACGUGCAGCAUUCUAUCAUCACAGAUCUACAGAACGGAAACGAGCAGACGCGGCGUCGUCUGGCGGUGUACUGCCUGAAGGACGCCAUCUUGCCCGUGCGUCUGCUGGAGAAGCUGAUGUGUGUCAUCAACUACAUGGAGAUGGCGCGUGUAACGGGCGUGCCGCUUCCCUUCCUCCUGUCCAGAGGUCAGCAGGUCAAGGUCAUGUCACAGCUGCUGCGGAAGGCUAAAGAACAAGACCUGGUCCUGCCAGCACACAAAGUGGAGACCGGGGAUGAGUACGAGGGUGCCACGGUCAUCGAGCCAGUCAAAGG